AGAAGAAGAAGUCAUGCUGCUGAAGUAACAGAGUAAGAAGGUUGAGCCACUGCUUUACCAACUAAAAAGACAGUGGAAUUGGAAUGGUUAGGAGCAACUCCUUCAUGCUAGGUAGAACCGAUAUUCAGUCUUUCUUGUUGCAACGACCGGUAACCACACACGCGAGUGUCUUCUCGCUCAAAAAAGCCACUCCCGUAUACCGAUUUAGUGCCGGUUUUUAUUUUUUUUUUUCAUCCAUCCUCAAAAAUCCGGGUAAAUUGUGUACCGGAUUCAAAAAUCGUCAUGUUGUGCCACAAUUUUAUUUAGAAAAAAAAAAUUCUAGAAGAGAGGAAUCGUGAAUAGAAGUAGAGAAUCAGAAGAACAAGAUGAAGUUCCUGAGAUCUAUUUUGAUCGUCGUCAGCGCUGAAGUUCUUCUACCUCUCGCUGUUGGAGUUGAGGAGCAAAGUGGUAAUAAGGUGUCCAAGAGGGCAAAACCUUUGGAUCCAGACGAAGAUGACUAUUACUAUGAUGAUGACGUGGGUCAAAGGAACAAUCCUACCAAUGAGGCGCCAGUGGUACCACCCGGAUUCUUGAGUCCGUCGGUACGAGAGUAUUUGGAUCUUGGUAAAUCGAUACCCGGUCGACCUGGAACUGACUAUCCAGUUUUGGGAAAGGUGCCCUAUACAAAUUUCUACUGUGAUGAUCAGCCUUAUCCGGGAUUUUUUGCCGAUGUUGAAACAAGAUGUCAAGCAUGGCACUAUUGUGACAUUGAUGGUCGACAAGCAACAUUUCUUUGUCCAAAUGGAACACAAUUUAGUCAAGCAGUGUUUGUCUGCGAUUGGUGGUUCAACGUGAGAUGUGCACUUAGUCCAAAACUCUAUGCAAUUAACAGUAGACUUUAUCAGAGGACCACAGAAAGUCCAACAAGACCUCAUCGUGUUAUUACAAAGGAACUUUUAGAAAAUAUUUUCGUUAAACGAAAAUAACAGCCAUCGACAUAUUACUUCAAUUUCCUAGUAUUAUAACGAAAUAAUCAUAAUAUAGAUGAUAAAAAAAGAAAAUUAAUCGCUAGUUUCUUUUUAUAAAUUAAAAGGUCAGUGUGGUGAUUAAUUGCAUACGUGUGUGAAAUGAGAAUUAAGCUUUUUUUCUGUAAACGUUUAAUGCCAUUUGUGUGAUUAUUUUACCUCCAUUUGGCGUCAACGCUCAGCGUCGAAAAUUAUUUUUCCAGGAAACCAAAAAUAUUGAAUAAUUUUUUAGAAAGGGUUUUGGAUCCCCAUAAUAGAGAAGUAUUUCUCAAGGUAUUAUUUGGAUUAAAAAACUUUAAAAAAAAAUAAUCUGUUAUUUUUUGUCCUGUGAAAUACAAUAUUCGGCGCUGAGUAUCGAAGUUAACUUUAUGGAGGUAUUUUUUUUCAAUAUUUACACUGAAAAAAAAAAUUUAUUUGUAAUAAUCGGUUAUUUGAAUAAAUAUGUGACGCUCCACGAGAAAAGGUACUUUAGACGCAAAAAAAAUUUUAGGUUAUGUUUGUGAUUUUUAGAAAGAGAAGAAUCUACACAAAGAAGACAUUCUUGAAGUUGGCUUCGACGCUCAGAGCCGAAAAUUGUUUUUCGCAGAAUCAAAAAUUUCAAAUUAUUUUUUUUUUUAAUUUUUCAAUCCAAAUAAUACCUUGAACAAUACUUCUCAAGGCAUUGUGUAGACCCGAAACUUUUUUAAAAAAUGUUUUGAUAUUUUUGAUUCUGCGAAAAACAAUUUUCGGCGCUUAGCGUCGAAGCCAACUUCAGGGAGGUCAAAGAGGAUCAACUCUUAAUACAAACUACCAAUGUUUAUGUCUUCAUUAGAUCUAUAAUAAUAAAUAAAAACUAAUUUUACAUAAUUAAAAAUGAACGUUUAAUCAAGAUAAAACUACCACUAAACAUAACCUACAAUUUUUUUUGUUUCUAAGGUCCCUUCUCUCGUGGAGAGCCAUAUAUUUAUUUGCAUUAAAUAAUUUUCAUUGAAGUCAAUUAAAUCGUUUACAGUUUAUUUAAUUCAAUUAUUUGGUUUCAAAAAUUAUUUAAUUCAAGUAAAUAUUUAUUUGAUAAUCAAGUAACCGAUUAUUUAAAAAAAUAAUUUUUUUCAGUGUAGACUUCUCUCUUUUGCUAUAUAUAUAUAUAAAGUCAUAUGUUGUAUUAAGAAACAUCGAACUAUUUUAAGUUGUAUGUGAGUGUAUAAAAUCCGUUAGUAAUAAUAUAAGUAAUUAUAAGAAAAAUUGUAUAAAAACUAUAAAACUUUUCUUUAUAUAAAAAUAUCGAAAAAUAAUUUUUUCUUAGGAUUUAUAUAUACCCGCAUUUAUUAAACUUUUGUCAUGUAAUGAUAAUGUCUCAAUGUGAAAAUGAGAACAAAAAAAAUACAAAUUGUUUUCAUAAAUGUUAGAAAUCUGAAUUUUUAAUUCUUAGAUUUUAAUUUACAAAUGAAAGUGUGUUUUUAAGAAAAUAAAGAAUAGUGUUACGAUUGAAAAAAAAGGGACAAAAAUGUCGUCUAUAGUUUUUAAUAAGUAUAUAUAUUUGUGCGUCUUGUAAUAACUGCAAUUUAUUCCUAUUGUGAGUAAUCUUAUUAUUUCUCAAUGUUUGCUUUUCAAAUAUUUCUUUCCCACGCUGCAACUCGAUCAGUCAAAUGCAUUUGCAUAAAUUACUACCUAACGGUUUAACUUAUUUCUGAUUCCCUUUCUAACAGAUAAAGAGUCCUUUUUAUAAAAGUAGAUAUAGAAAGACUAAGAUUUUAUAUUUUCUGAAAGAUAAAGAAAUAAUGUGAAUAAAUAAAAAUUUCCCCCCCGAAAAAAGAGAGAAUUUAAAGCCAUAUAGCAAAUUUAAUUUUUUUUUUUUCAAAUAUUCAGUAGGUCUGCUCCUUAUAGAUCUAAAAAUUAAUUUUCUUACUUGAAAGAGUGAUUGUUCAUCUAAAUAAAUAAUUGUUCUGAAUUACUGUAGUGUGUUGAAAAAAAUUUUUUCUUGUAAAAACAAAAGAAUGUAUUUUUUGCGUCUUUUUCAAUUAUUUGUAAAUAUUUACUGUAUCUGUAGAUUUUUAUACAUUAGCCAUAUAGUAACAAUAGACUGCAAAUAUAAAAAAAAAAUUCGAUGAAAUUGAUAUAAUAUACACACUGAGGAAAAUUGAUGAUCAAAAAUAUCACUAUCUCAUAUAUAAUUAUAAUUUGUCGAAGAAAAAAUAUUUUGUCGUAAGUCAAACACAAAAGUAUCAAUUUUUUUCAAAUUGUAUAAUAUAUGCAAUUGAUAAUAAACAAAUGCUAUUAAAUUUUGUAUUCAUCAUUAAUAUUUCAAAAAUACUUGUGUAAAUAAAAAAAGAAAAAUUCUAAAAAUUGAAAAUAAAUAAUAAAAGAAAAAUAGAUUUCCAAUCAUAA